UGGGGAGUGGGGAUUGGAGGAGCAUGAAGAUCGAUCUAGACAAGCUCCCUCUGAAGCGCUUGGACGCCAUUGAUGAAUCCGGCAACGAGCAAUUCCCCCAGGAGACGGGGCAUGAGGAGAAGCGCCUGGAUAUGAUCAGGCGCAUUGAUUUCUCUUCAAUAAUCGAUAAGAAAGACACCAAGAAGCAGAAAACCUCCAAAGACUCCUCCUUGGCUGCGCCGGCAGCGCCGGCAGUUUGGCCGUGGCAGGGAUUGGUGGAGAAUCUCCGCCUCGCUCACGAGGAGCUCUCCAUUAUCCUUGAUCUCAUCAACACCGUUGAGGCAAAUGAUGCUGUGGCUGUGGCGGGGAUGCAGAGACCCAAGCAGUUGCCAAACGAAAAUGUUUCAGACGUUGCAGUCUCUGCGGCGACUAAACUACAAAGACUCCGGCAAGUAGGAAGAUAUUUUAAGCAAUCUUCCAAAGCGUUGGAGCAGCAAGUUGCAAGAGAGGCCAGAUUUUAUGGUUCGUUGAUCAGACUCCAGCAGAAUUGGAAAGUAAAACGCCAUCGCCUUGCAGUGACUGGUCCAGGCAACGAGGGGUUUACCAUUGACCUGCUAGAGAGUUCAUUGCUAGAUUUGACAGCUUCUGCUCGGCCUUCUCCUCUAUCCACUGUACGCAUAGAUCAUGAUUCUGCUGGGAUUCUGGCCGUGCAAUUGCCUCAAAAGUCAUGUCGCAGUCUAUGCUUAAGAUUUCUUGGAGCACAUCCAAAUUACAUACCAAGAAGCUUUGGGAAAUUUCCUAUGCGUGGUUCAGGUGAGCAUUUUUCUUGUGGAGGCCGGAAAGAAGGUUUGACUGCUGAAGAUGUCAAUGAAUGUGUCAAGAAUGCACAUGGCAUACUACGUGAGAUUCAUCGCUCCAUUUUUGAAGAGCAGGUCUUUGAUAUGGUUAACCAUGAGAGCUACAAUUCAGCACCAGGAGUGAAUGUGACUGGGAUGAGGGAAGAUUUUCUACAGUUGCGCAUUGGUCAAGAAGCUUAUGUUUGUCUGUGCCUUAUUGCUUCUGGGAAAGAAGACAGUAGUCAGGCAACUGACUCCAGCAGCCAGACUCAAAAUGGGGAAGAUGGGAUUUUACAUUCUGAUUCAUUAGAUAUGAUGGUCUUAGAUGCAAAGCAUGAUACCAGAAAUUUGCUGGGAUUUCCAAGUCCAGUCAGUUUAGAAAUUUACUUGCAAGAUAUGUUUCAUCGAAAUGUUGUUACUAAAGUUAAGGAUAGGCGCUCUUUUCCUCCUCGGCAUCAAUUGUACAGUCAGCACUCUGGUGAUGGAAAUGGUCUCCUGGGUCAUUUCUGUAUGACUGUUUCUCAUAGAAUCUUCUCAAACAAAGUGCUAUCAGAACUUGAAUGCCUGGUGAGCAGGGUUCCAUACCUUCAUUUAUUAUCCCGCCCUACUUGGCAUUCAAGGACGUCUUCAUGGUUGCUCUCUUUGAAGGUUCCUCAUUCGAUUCUUCAUUCUGGGGAACAGACCAAGUCCUUAGAUUCUUCUGACUUGAAGAGUAGGUCACAAUUCUUCACAAAGGUCGUGGUGAAUGAUGACCGGAUUAGUGUCAGUGGAGAAGGUUCAUCUAGUAUCAUCGGUUCAUUCAGAAGCAAGUCUGCUGAUACUUGUUCAGUGAACUGUUAUAGCUGUGACCUGGAAGACCUCUCAAUGAUCCUUCUGCAGCAGGUUGCUGGCCAAGUUAUUCGUUGGCUCCACGAGGAAGCUCUAGUAGUUGGAAUGAAGGUGAGCAGAGAUUUCUUGUGCUUAUAUUUUGAUCUCGAUCAAGGUGAGACACUCGGUCUGGUGGCACAUGUUGAUCCUCAUGAUGUUUCGGGAUGCAUUUCAUGGUGGGUUGUUCUUGAUGAUGACUCAAUGGCUGAGGGAAAACUCGCAGCAGGCAAUGAUGAAUUCGAAAAUAAACGAUUUCUGGGGCAUUUGUCUUUAGAAGGAUUGUAUUCCACUUUGAUGGAUCUAGUAAACUUGUGCUGCAGCGGUGGCAGCCAUUGACACCUAGAUUACCACAAAUUUAACCUUCUUAAAUUAUCAUUAGGAGGUGUUGAUAUGGCUUUAAUUUUUGUGUACCAUCUGCUUGUUUGUAAUUCCUCAGCUUCUCAUUACUAAGAGGGAAAGGAAAACAUCUUUAUGAACAUAUUUUUUGUACAUGCUAUGGAUUAAUGGAUCAGGUUAACACCCUA